UAAAGGAAAAGGGACCACCGGCCCCGCUAACCAUCCUGACUGGCUCUCUCUAGUCUCAACUCUCGAUAGUCUCUGCCAUUCUCAAACCCGAACCCGAAUACAUUCCCGUUUCAACCCAAUCAUGCUACAAGACUUCAGUUUCUGCCCCUGUUUCGGAGACGGAAGCUUCGUCGAUACCGAACCCGAUCGUGACCCGGUUCUAUUGGUUUCCGGAAUCGCAGGGUCCAUUCUCCAUUCAAAGAAGAAGAACGGGUUUGAGACUCGGGUUUGGGUCAGGCUUCUCUUGGCUGAUUUGGAGUUUAGGAAGAAAAUAUGGUCUGUUUAUAAUCCAAAAACAGGUUAUACAGAAGUAUUGGACAGUGACACUGAGAUUGUAGUCCCUGAUGAUGAUUCUGGGCUGUACGCCAUUGACAUUUUAGAUCCGUCAUGGUUUGUGAAGCUUAUUCAUUUGUCAGGGGUAUAUCAUUUUCAUGACAUGAUUGAUAUGCUAGUUAAUUGUGGAUAUAAGAAGGGAACCACAUUGUUUGGAUAUGGUUAUGAUUUUCGGCAAAGCAACAGAAUUGAAAAAUCAAUGGAAGGUCUUAAAGCGAAGUUGGAAGCUGCCUAUAAAGCUUCUGGGGGUAGAAAAGUUAAUAUAAUUUCACAUUCCAUGGGUGGACUGCUGGUUUCUUGUUUCAUUUCACUUCACAAAGACUUGUUUUCCAAGUUUGUGAAUAAGUGGAUCUGCAUUGCCUGUCCUUUCCAAGGUGCACCAGGAUGCAUCAAUGACUCUCUCUUAACUGGAUUGCAGUUUGUUGAUGGUUUCGAGAGUUACUUUUUUGUUUCUAGGUGGACAAUGCACCAACUGUUGGUUGAGUGCCCAUCGAUCUAUGAAAUGUUGCCAAAUCCAGAUUUUAAUUGGAAAACAGAACCACAAAUUCAAGUUUGGAGAAAGCAAUCAAACGAUGGGGAAACCCCUGCCAAAUUGGAGUCUUUUGGUCCUGUUGAAUGUAUCACUCUCUUUGAAGAAGCAUUGAGGAAUAACGAGUUAAAUUAUAAUGGAAACACCAUAGCGCUACCAUUCAACUUCUCUAUCCUCAGAAGGGCUGCUGGUACUCGUCAGAUUCUCAAUAAUGUCCAAUUGCCAGAAGGGGUCUCCUUCUAUAACAUUUAUGGGGCAUCAUUUGACACACCUUUUGAUGUCUGCUAUGGUACAGAGACAUCCCCGGUAGAGGACCUGUCUGAAGUGUGUCAUUCAAUGCCCCAGUAUUCUUAUGUGGAUGGAGACGGAACUGUUCCUGCUGAAUCAGCAAAGGCAGACGGUUUUGUGGCAGUGGAAAGAGUAGGAGUUGCUGCUAAUCACCGUGGACUGCUGUGUGACAAAGCAACAUUUCAACUUAUACAGAAAUGGUUGGGAGUUGAGCAGAAGGUCAGUAAGCAUUCAAAGACAUCCCAAGUGGCGGAUGCUUCUCCAUAACCUAAAUGCUGCUUAAAAAGAAAAGCAGCUCAGAAUUGAUAUUUGCACGGUGGUGUAAAUAUGGACAUUAAUAAUUUUCUUUAACACCAAAUAAUAGUAGUAAUAAUAAUUUUCACAAAAAUAAUAUAUUUAUAAUAGUAGUAGUAAAUAUGACAAUUCUUAAAGUAUUUUUUAAAUAUUCCGCUCAAACCACAUCUUAAGGCCGGUGGUUGAGUGUUAUCAGUGCUUGAGUUGGGUUUGGUUUAUUCUAUACUUCCUUUGUGUUGUUCUUCCACUUGCAUAAAAGUGGGAGGAAUGUUUAUGAACAGGGUCUAAAUAAUUAUUUACUUGAUUA